CGAUCAUUCGAAGAUCAACCAGUACGGUAUAAAUGCCGGUAGAGGUGCCAAAAGUUUGGCAGAAAAUAUUGUGAUUUGCUUGUGGCGAGAAUCUUAAUUACGACGCUAAUCCGUAAAGAAUGGCUAGACGGGUGUGGGCUUUAGCUGUAAAAAGGAAUGACGACCUUUACCUCCAUCAGAUGAAGGAUUUCAUUCAGCGUCUCCAGCAGGACGACAUUAAGGACUUACCAAUCUGCCUGGUCGGCGUUGUGGGAAAAUAUCGCGAGGGAAAGUCAACAAUGCUGAAUAUCAUGCAUCGAUAUUUGCUGGAGUGCGAGAAAGGAAGCAACGUCCGUAUCGAAGAUUAUCUGUACCAGAAAGCGGGUCAAGUGGAUAUCUUCGAGACAUCACCGGAUGUGAAGGGUUGUACGCAGGGCAUCUGGAUUACCAGCGAUCCGUACAUCAUUCAUAAUAGUACCAACGGAAAUUGUGCAGUGUUUCUGCUGGACACGCAAGGACUAUAUGAUACCAUGAACAAGGACUCGCUCGAUUCGGCACUGUUUCUGCUGACCAGUAUGAUCACAUCGGUCACUAUUUACAAUGUUAUGCGGAAUAUCGGACGGGAAAAUCUGGAUACCCUGGCACAGUUUUCGCGACUGGCUUCACAGAUUCGCAGCCAGUUUUACUCGGGCCAGGAAAAAGUCUUUCAGGAUUUGAUUAUUCUCACGAGAGACGCUUUGACGGGCAACGAGGAACAUGGCUGGCGAGACGGACGACAAAUGGUUCAAAUCGAGGACCCGGAGAUGCGCAACAAAGAUACAAUCCGAGAAAUCCAGCAGGCUUUCAGGAAUCUGCGUGGUUUCUGGAUGCCACGGAUUGCCAGCGAACCGGAUGAAAAAUCGUUUCGGUUGACAUCGGAGUCAAUUCUGCCAAAGUUCAAGCAUUAUGUCGCCGUCUUCCUGGAUGAGGUGUUUGGCCGUAUGUUAACGGUGUUCGAGCAUCGGCGCAUCGAGUAUCAGUGUGCUGGUUAUGCCGACUUUCUUAUGCACAUCGCCUCACUAUUUGAAGAUGGAAAAAUUCCCCGAGCGGAAAGCAUGUUGGAUGCAAUGGUGCGAUUGGAGUUCCAAGUUGCGAUGGAGACGGCUUUUGCCCAUUACCGUAAACACAUGUACCAGGCUGUGCAGAUUGAUCAACUGAUUUCCCUGGAUGACUUGAAACGUCACCAUACCCAUUUCAAGGCUGAAUGUCGCUUGAUUCCCGAGGCCGUUGUUCUUAACAAACAGACAGAACGUUCGCGGACCUUUGUCCAGAAGCUUGACCUCAUGCUUGAGGAAGAAUUCAGUCUGAUAACCGGUAACCAUCAAGCCCGUCUACGGGAUGAAGAGAAACACCAAGCGGAGCUGCGUAAGAAAGACGCCGCGGUAAUUGACUUGAAGCAAAGUAUGCUGGAGAAGGAUGCAUCGCAUAUGGCGGCCAUGGACGACAUUAACGACCGCAUGGCUAACAUGGCCAAAGAGAAUGAGGAAGGCCGACGUAAACUUCAGGCGGAAAAGGAGGCGCGGGAGGUGGAGCAUCAGCGCGUCCAGGCCGAAAACCGGCGUCAGUACGAGGAAGCGCAGUGCGAGUUGAAGCAACUGCGCUGCGAUAUGGAGAAGGCGAAAGAGUGUCAAGCGACCACCUGGCAGCAGUUCAUCCCUGAGAUAAUCGGAGCGGCUUCGGCGGCGUUUGGACAGGUGAUGAAGACCUGGAGAAAGACCAGUCAGGCAAACGCUGCCGAAGCACAGACGAAUGCGUUCAUUCGACAACUGUCCACUCCGUCGCCAGCCACGGUACAUACAGCUGCACCGUCGUCCCGGGCGCCCAGGGCCCCCUCCAGUGCCACUAGGAGCGAACGCAACUGCUAAUACGCACUGAGUACUGAUUUCAUGUUUUAUUCCUCGCUAUUCUACUAGUUUCAUUCCAAACUAAAAACAGUUUGCGCAGAUUCCUUCGUCUCGCCAUUUUAGCGUAUAGGUGCAGUUUCCGCAGCAAGUUUUUUUCACGGCAGUUCGAUAAUUUGAAGCUUACCGUUCUGUUUGUCAUAUUAUGCGUAACGUUUGUGGAUACCUGAAAGCGGGAUAACUUAAAUUUUCGUUUUAAAAGUUCACCAAUAUUAUCAGUUUGGAUGUUUAUUUGUUCCGUCUCAUAAAGCGUCGAUUUUAUUA